AUGGAAAUUAGAUUACUGCUAUUGUUAUAUUCAAUUUCUCUUCUGUGUUCUACUGCUAUUCCCACUUCAAAGAUUACACCUAGAUUCCCUUCUUCCAUUGUAGCACAGCCAGAAAAUAAGCUCUCUUUCUCCACCAAAACCGAGCUUUACGAUGAAAAAUUCUUCACACAAAUUCUUGAUCACUUCAAUUUUCAUCCACAGAGUUAUCAGACUUUUCAGCAAAGAUAUUUGAUAAAUGACAAAUACUGGGGUGGUCCAAAGACUAAUGCGCCAAUCUUUGUCUACACCGGAAAUGAAGGCGACAUUGAAUGGUUUGCUCAAAAUACUGGUUUCUUGUUCGAAACAGCACCCCUUUUCAAAUCUCUACUAAUUUUCAUCGAGCAUAGGUUUUAUGGAAAAUCUAUUCCAUUCGGGGGUGAUAAAGAAAAGGCGUAUUCAAAUUCAAGUACACUCGGUUAUCUAAGCUCAACACAGGCAUUGGCGGAUUAUGCAACACUGAUAAUCGACCUCAAACAUAAUUUGACAGCAACUGACUCUCCUGUGGUUGUGUUUGGAGGUUCCUAUGGAGGAAUGCUGGCAGCAUGGUUUAGACUCAAGUACCCUCAUGUGGCUAUUGGAGCAUUGGCAUCUUCUGCACCAAUACUAAACUUUGAGAAUAUUACUUCUCCAUAUAGUUUCAACAAUAUCAUCACCCAAGAUUUUAGGAGUGAGAGUGAGAAUUGUUACAAAGUGAUAAAAGGAUCUUGGCAAGAAAUUGAAGAGACAGCAGCAAAACCAGGUGGAGUGGAGAUACUUAAAAAGGCAUUCAGAAUUUGCAAAAAUGACAGUGCAAAUUCUCUUGAAGGUUGGCUUGAAACUGCUUUUGGUUACACUGCUAUGACGGAUUAUCCAACGACUUCCAAUUUUCUUAAUCCAUUGCCAGCUUAUCCAGUCAAAGAGAUGUGUAAAGCAAUUGAUGACCCAAAGACGGGGAAUAACACGUUCGAGAAAUUAUAUGGUGCGGCCAAUAUUUAUUACAAUUAUACUGGAAAUGCCACGUGUUUUAAUCUUGACGAUGAUUCUGAUCCUCACGGACUUGGAGGGUGGGAAUGGCAGGCAUGUACCGAGAUGAUUAUGCAAAUCGAUGGUAGCAAUGCGGAGAGCAUAUUUCCAGAAAAUGAGCCGAGCUACAACGACGGGGUCGAAUUUUGUAAUUAUGAGUUCAAAAUUGAACCCAGGCCCAACUGGAUUACUACUGAGUUUGGAGGCCAUAAUAUUCACAGAGUUUUGAAGCGGUUUGGGAGCAAUAUCAUCUUCUUUAAUGGGUUAAGAGAUCCAUGGAGUGGUGGAGGGGUGUUAAAAGACAUAUCCAAAAGUAUAGUCGCCAUUGUAGCAAAAAAAGGUGCACAUCACGUAGACCUUAGAUUCUCAACAGAUGAAGAUCCAAAGUGGCUUCAAGAUGUUAGAAGAAGAGAAGUCCACAUCAUAUCAAAGUGGCUUUCUGAAUAUUAUCAUAGUUUAGCUGAUUCUUCUAAUUGGUAG